AUGUACGGUGGGGGCUGUAGCGAUCUUUAUCAUAUACCUAUAACUUCCAAGAAGCGAAAGAUUACUUUUCCUAUCUAUCUAUCUAUCUAUCUAUCUAUCUAUCUAUCUAUCUAUCUAUUACAGCCUCCUCAUAUCUAUCUAUCUAUCUAUCUAUCUAGCUAUCAAUCUAUUACAGCCUCCUCAUAUCUAUCUAUCUAUCUAUCUAUCUAUCUAUCUAUCUAUCUAUCUAUCUAUCUAUCUAUCUAUUACAGUCUCCUCUUAUCUAUCUAUCUAUCUAUCCAUCUAUCUAUUGCAGCCUCCUCAUAUCUAUCUAUCUAUCUAUCUAUCUAUCUAUCUAUCUAUCUAUCUAUUACAGCCUCCUCAUAUAUAUCUAGCUAUCUAUAUAUCUAUCUAUCUAUUACAGCCUCCUCAUAUCUAUCUAUAUAUCUAUCUAUCUAUUACAGCCUCCUCAUAUCUAUCUAUCUAUCUCUCUAUCUAUCUCAGCAUAUGGAUCUCUUUAUAUCUAUUUCAAGAAGUAGCCAUCACACUAAUUUUUUAUUCCUUUACUUCUUAUCUUUUCUUUCUUUCUUUUUUUCUUACUUUCUUUUUUUCUUUACUUCUUACCCUUUCUUUUUUCUUACUUUCUUUCUUUACUUCUUACCCUUUCUUUUUUCUUACUUUCUUUCUUUACUUCUUACCCUUUCUUUUUCUUUUCUUUCUUUACUUCUUACCCUUUCUUUUUUCUUACUUUCUUUCUUUACUUCUUACCCUUUCUUUUUUUCUUACUUUCUUUUUCUUACCUUUCUUUUUUUCUUUUUCUUCUUUUUUUCUUACCUUUUUUUUUUCUUACUUUUUUUACUUCUUACCCUUUCUUUUUCUUUUUCUUUUUUUCUUACCUUUCUUUUUUUCUUAUUUUUCUCUUCUUAUCCUUCAUUUUUUACUUCUUUACUUUUUUUAAAAAAAUUUUUGCUCUUUUUAUUAACUUCUUUCUUUACUUAUAACAGCACCUCUCUUUCGAUUCGUCGUCCACUUUUGUUAUUUUUAAUUUAUUUUCAUUACUCAUUUUUUUUCAGCUUUCGUUCUUGCUUUUUCGAGUUACUUGUUUUUAUACUUGCAUUCUUUCAAUCUUCGUUUCUUUUCAUCCUUCUUGAUUUUCUUUCAUUCCUUUUUUGCUUUCAUCUUUUUUUCUUUUUAAUUUGA